AUGGUCGAAAGUGGUGUCCCCCAGGGUUCAGUACUGGGACCCAUUUUGUUCCUUAUCUACGUGGAUGAUGCCGCAAGAAAUUUGGACUGUGAAGUAGCAAUGUUUGCGGACGACAUGAAGAUAUGGAGUGUAAUUCGUGGUCCUGCAGAUGAAGACAGACUGCAGAUGAACCUGAAUCGGUUGGAGGAGUGGUCAAACGGUUGGCUCCUGCGGUUCAACGUUGCCAAAUGUAGCAUACUUCGCCUAGGCAACACAGCCAGAUCCGCCAGCACAAGAGGCUACUUUCUGGGCGGUGCAGUCCUACAAGAGGUCGAAGCCCAAAAGGACCUCGGUGUGCUUACGACGAGUUCCCUAAAACCAUCUGCCCACUGUUCGAGGGUGGCAAAAAGUGCAAUGUCCGUACUGUUCGCCAUCAAGCGUGCGUUUAUGGACUUUGACGAAGAAGCCUUCUCUAAGACAUUCGGAACAUUCGUUCGGCCGCAUUUAGAGUACGGCAUACAAGCUUGGAGGCCGUGGGGUGUUGUGGAUCAAAACUGCCUCGAAAGAGUCCAGAGGAGAGCCACAAAGAUGGUCAGGGGUCAAAGCUCCUUUCCUUUUGCGACCCGCCUAGUAAAUCUGAACCUCUUUCCUUUGAGUUACAGGCAACUUCGCGGAGAUCUCUUGCAAGCCUUCCGCAUUGUAACGAGGUUGGAUUGCAGUCUGGCCUUCGAGGACUUUUUUGAAUUUGCUACCACGACCAACCUCCGAGGUCACCCGUUAAAACUGCGCACUCAGCAGGCACGGCUGGAUGUGCGGAAGUUCUCCUUCUCGGUUCGGGUGGUCAAACCGUGGAAUGAGCUUCCCGCAGAUGUUGUGAUGUCACCAUCUGUACAAAUUUUUAAGAAGAAUCUGGACAUAUUUAUGUUCCGAAAUGACCAAGAGCGUUGA